UGUGAGAUUCAAAUUGGGGAAGCUAAACUCACUUGUACUUUUCUUUUUUUAUUACAGGAUUACUACUGGUGGAAUAAAAUCGGGAAGUUAAACUUGUGGUGUGAGUCGAGACAGCUUAACCGCUGUGACAUCCCUGUACUCUGUUCAGAUCCAUGAAAUGAUCAGCUACCAGAAAUCAUUUCACCAGAGGGAUCAUCAAAAAGGAUACUAUCAAUCCAUUCAAAGCUGCUUCAUGUCACAUGCCACACAGGAUGGAGGUAAAAGGCAGGGAUUCGGGCUCCAGGGCACUUCAGCAGGGCAGAUUUUGCUGACAUAAGGACGGGCUUUCUCCAAAUGUGUUCAUCAAAUUCACCAAGUGAUUUGUGAAACAGUGCAGAGCUGUAUCUGUGUAGAGUGAGCCGCCACACACACAUGUGCUCAGCUUGCAGUUUUUAUACCUCUGCUCUGUCCUUGUCUUCUUACAUGCUGUGCACUGCUGCGUUUGUGUGUCAGUACCUGGUGGGUGAUAUGCAGUUCGAUGCUUCAAACCAGAGGCAGAGGUGUGAUGUGCACAUCAGUGGGCUCCACUUCAAAGAACAGCAGACCACGACCCUGCUGCAGGAGGUCUCUGCAACACUGCGCUGCAAUGAUCCCAUUUGACGCAGCCGAGAAGAAGGUUACAGGUGGGGCGUGGUUUGGUAUCUCGCUAAAUUAUCUCCUAGCAGGCUUAAGCAAAGUCGAGUUUAGGAGCUUCUGUCGCCCACAAGAUUAAAAAUGGAACAAAAGUGGAUCCAUAUUCUGGUGAUUCUGGCUUUUUAUCAAAAGAUAACUUCAGGAGCUGUCGAGAACAUCGUCGUAAAGGAGGGGCAGAGCAUCGAUAUCAAGUGUCGUCCUUCUGAGACUGGUUCUAUGAUCAUUUGGUUUCGAGUGCUGGACAACUCUGGCAUGGAAUUCAUUGCAUCAUUCAGCAGUGCUGGCGUAAAAAAAGCAAAUACAAAGUCUCCGUCGUCCACCUUCACUGAAACAAAGAUCGAUCAAAAUAUCCUCACACUGCAGUCAUUCAAAGAAGCUGUUGACAGCGGCGUCUACAGCUGUGCAACUCUCUACAGAGGUACUGAAUUGAGAUUCGGCAAAGUAACACGACUUGUCAGAGAAAAAGUAGCCCAACCGACCUCGACCCCAACUGACAAGGAGCAGAGUCGGUGCACAGAGGCCCCGCCAUGCACGUGCAGCGAAAGCAACAACAAAGCAGAAGCCAGUCCCUCCAUGUUUUGUACUCCGCUCAUCCUGGGCCCACUAGUCGGCGGCUGCGGCCUUCUUCUUCUACUCCUCAUCAUCACCACCGUGUACUGCAACAAAAUAAGGACAAAGAGAUGCCCGCACCAUUACAAAAGAAAACCACGGACAGCUGCUGACGGAAAACAAAUGCCGACCAGACAAUUUUAAUCCACGCGGUGCCAUUUCACCGACAUUUCUUUCAGCCGCAGUACUUUUACAGUGUUCUGUUCUUCUUGCAGUGGUUAUUUUUCUUCUGUUUCACAGUUAAGUAGCAAUCAUGGUGAAUAUUUUGCUGCAGAUGAAAAAAAAUACUUACUUACUAAUACUUUUAAUGAACAAUAUAAAAAAGAGGAGUCAACGCAUCAGAUUCUUUCAGAUUUAUGGUUUGAUGGCCAAUAACGCUGCACAGUCACACCCAGACUGAACUCUUUUUAUGAAAUAACCUAACAAGAAAUGUCUAUUCAUCCAUAUCAAAUGAAUUUUGAUAAUGAGUCCAAGUCCUGAGAAUAUUAGAAUUCAUCACUCUGAUUCAUGUUGAUUUUGCCUAUUGAAAUGUGUUCAAAAAUUGUAUAUACUUUUAAUUUUGUAUAGAUUUAUUUUCAUUUGUCAUUUGCAAUCUGUUCUUCUGACUAUGUUUUCACGUUGGUUUGACCCUCUUAAGUACUGUACUCUCCUUUAGGUCUGUGAUUUAAAACUUAUCUUGCCUUAAUAUUGAAAAGACUGAUUAGACAAUCUUGAGGAAAUGAUCUCUGAUAGUUUAAUUCUUGGCUGGACGAAAACUUGAAAUGUUGAAAAUUUAAAAUUCACAUAAGCUUUCGAUUCAUUUCUUCAAAGUAGCGCUUCCCUUUAUUCUGAUUUCUAUGGUUUCAAUGAGGAACAAAUAUGUGACUUUGGUUUUGUAAUGUAAAACUGUACGUACAGUAAAUAUAUUCUAGAGAUUCCCCAAUGUCAGAAUUAUAUACAAAAUAAAAUGCAAUACCACUCAGAAAAGCAUGCUUUCUCUGUUGCAAUAGUUGGAUUUGUCUUUAUUUGUGUUUCUUUUUGAUUUUUCAAACCCACUCAUUCGCAUCCCGAUCAGUCAUUAGGCUCUCGGCACAGAGAUGUGAAAGUUUUGUUUUUUUUAACAUGAAAUUGGAGCGAAGUUGUUUUGUUGAAAGUCCCCCCGGUGUAAAAAGGAAGUGGGUUGCUACGACUGUAUGCAGGGUGGAUAAAACCUACAAGGUCAUGAUACAGAGAGGUGUAUAUUCAGAAUCUCCCUCACACCUUUGAGAAAAAUGUUGUUUAUUGAUUUUCUGCAGGAUUCAGCAUGUCUCCACAUAUUAAAGCAUGUUGGGUUGUUUUUCUCCUUUUGACAUAAAUCCCCCCCAAAAUAAACAGACCCCAGGUACAGAAACGCUGCUGUUUUUAGUUUAUUUUAUUUAAUUAGUAUUCCCACAUCUAAAAAUUUCUCUCAUAUCUGUUGACGCACACCCACACAAAACCUCUGACAUGAAAAAAAAAGUAUGGGGAAGUAUAUAGGUUUUUGUCUUUACAGUUGAAAGCCCUUUCUAAAUUACACAGUGUUGUCUUACAGAGCAAAGUCUUUUUUAUGUUUUUAUUUUAUUUUUUUUUUUACAGUAGCUCACUAAGUGCACUUUUGGACGCCAGCAUUUUUUUUUUUUUUUCUCUACACAGCCAAA